UGGAUUUAAUGUAAUGGGAGGAAAGGAGCAAAACUCCCCUAUUUAUAUAUCCCGUAUUAUACCUGGCGGAGUGGCUGAUAGGCAUGGCGGACUUAAAAGAGGAGAUCAACUUUUAUCUGUAAAUGGUGUUAUGCAAGAAGAAAAACUAUCAGAAAUUGUAUUCUGGCGAGUUUCAGCGGUAUUUUAAAAGCAGUGUGAGCCAAAAUGUAAUCUAACAGUCCGCGUUUUGGGCCAUAUCAACUUAAAGAAAGUUUCCAAAAUAUAAAAAAAUUCGAAUAUCCUUCGACGUCAUUUCCCUAUUUACAAACAUCCCCAUACAUUUAACUAUACAGACUAUUAUGAAAAAGUGGAGCAAUUUGGAGAGCCACACCAAGAUAUCAAAGAAGCAGUUCCAGAUGAUACUCGGAUUUCGUUUACUUGACAAUAACUAUUUUAGAUACAACAACACGUUUUACCAACAAAUUUAUGGCACGCCUACGGGGAAUCCAUUGUCACCAACAAUUGUAGAUAUUGUUCUAACUCAAGAAUGAUAGAAUAAAAGAUUGCGCCGUCCUGAGCGUUGACAUUUGUGUACCACAAGUAAACAAAGAAUAGAGCGAAAAGAAGAACGAAUUGAAACUGCAAAAACAGUUCACCUUACAGCGAAAAACGUGUUUUAAUUUUGCUAAAUGCGAAAAUAUUGCAUUUUUAGCUAAUCUAUUAGAGAAUAGGUAAAAUUUGAGUGCACUCCAUUGCCUUGCAAUUGGGGCUGCUUCAGCAAACGUUUUAGUGCACUCCGUUGCUUUGCAAUUAAGGCUGCUGCAGAAAACUGCGGC